AUGAAGGACAUUCUUGUCAACAAAAGAUAUCGUGUCGAUCGCAGGAUUGGAGAAGGAGGCUUUGGUCUUGUCUACGCUGGAAUUGAUACCGAGACAAAGGAAGCGGUCGCGAUAAAGCUCACUCGUAUACGAGACGGCCCCGAGGCACUUCAAUAUGAAGCCGAUACAUAUGCUGAACUUUCUGGCGGCAUUGGGACACCACAAGUCAAGUGGUUCGGUCCAGAGGGUGACUUUUAUGUUUUGGUCCACGAACUUCUAGGACCAUCUCUGGAAGACCUCUUCAAUUACUGCAAUCGAAGAUUUUCUUUGAAGACGGUCCUUCUUAUAGCCGACCAAGCGAUUCGUCGAAUGAAAUACAUCCACGACAAGGGCUAUCUACACUGUGACAUUAAACCGGAUAAUUUUCUGCUUGGAGUUGGAAAUAAUGGUAACAUACUUUAUACGAUUGACUUCGGGCUCGCAAGAAAUAUGGAUGCAGCUGAAGGGCAUGGAAUUCGGGACGACCGACCUCUUGGAGGCACUGCUCGGUAUGCCAGUCUCAAUAAUCACAAGGGACUCGAACAAUCUCGUGGCGACGAUCUAGAGUCUUUGGGCUAUGUCCUUCUGUACUUUGCCCAUGGCUCGCUGCCGUGGCAGGGCUUAAAGACAUCUACUGACAAGGAGCGAACGGAGUUGAUUAAGCAAAAGAAAACGAAUACAACAAUAGAGGACCUUUGCAAAGGGCUUCCAGUGGAAUUUUCCAGGUACAUAGCGUACGUUCGGAGACUUAAGCCUGCCGAAAAGCCGAAUUACGCCUACCUUCUCAGGCUAUUCAACAAUUUAUUCGUAGCAAAGGGCUUCCAAUACGACAACGUAUUUGAUUGGACGGAAAAGAUCUUUCACGAGCUGCAAAGUACGACCUCUGCUGAGAAUUAA